AUGUCCGCCCUCAACCUCCCAAAGCCCGUCAACUCGUACGCGGGCCAGGACGAGCUCCGCAAUGUCGCACCCGCCAACGGGAACGGGACUCCUAACGGCGACGAUGCCCAGGAAGAUGAGGGCGAGUACAGGCCACCAAGACCUAGCGACCAGCUCAAAAUCGGCAUCAUCUAUCCUCCUAAAGAAAUCAGAACGAUUGUGGACAAGACCGCAACCCACAUAUCUAAAUCACCAACUCCUCUCCUCCUGGAAGAGAAAAUCCGUGACUUUCAAAAACACGACCCCAAGUUUGCUUUCCUCAACGAUGCGGACCCUUUCCAUCAAUACUACCGCUACAUGGUCCAAAAGGCCAAGGAGGAUGUAGAGGACGCCGUCCAGGGGAUCGUGAAGCCGCAAGAAGAGAAGAAGGAGGUCAAGGUGGAGGAGAGUAAGGCAAAGGAACCGAAAGCUUGGGAGUUCAAGGUGGACAUGCCUGGUGUCACUGCUCAAGACUUGGACAUCCUCCGCCUGACUGCCCUCUUCCAUGCCCGCCGCGGCCGCUCUUUCCUCUCCUCCCUCUCUGUCAAAGAGGGUCGUAACUACCAAUUCGAUUUCCUCCGCCCCACCCAUUCCCUCUAUGGUUACUACAACCGAAUGGUCGAGUCGUACUCAAAGGUCAUCAACCCCCCUCCAGGGCUCAUCGAUGGAUUGGUGAAGGAGGCCAAGGAUGAGGGAAGCAAGUGGAAGACGCUCGAAGAGGCUAGGAAUAGAGCCGAGUGGGAGAGGGGAAGGAGAAAGAGGGAGAACGAUAGGGCGAAAGAGGAGGAGGAAGAUGCCAAGGCGAUGGCAGCUAUCGAUUGGCAAGAUUUCGUCACGGUUGAGACUAUCGAGUUUACACAAGCCGAUGAAGCCCUCGAGCUACCUCCACCUACCUCUAUCCAGAAACUCAAGUCUAUGAGUCUGGCAGAGAAGAGAAUGGCGGCGAUGGUCAUGGAAGAGACCGGUGCUGGGCCUACUCAAGCGAAUGGACAGCAGGAUGAGAUGGAGAUUGAGGAGGACGAGGAAGAUGAAGACGCAAAGACGCAGAGGAUCAAGGCCGAGCAGGAGCAGGCGAGGGCGAGGGAGGUACAGAGAGCUGCUAUGGAGCAGAGGGGUAUGAAGAUCAAGAAGGAUUACGUCCCCAAGGGUCUGCAACGGACUACCUCCGUCUCGACUGCCACCUGUCCCAACUGUGGUCAAUUAAUCCCCGAAGAUCAACUGUCUGAGCAUAUGCGUAUCGAGCUCCUCGAUCCCAAAUGGAAAGAGCAAAAGAAACAACAAGACCUUCGCCGCGCGCAACAUCAGCAGCUCGCACAAGGUGCCGACAUUGCAGCCUCGCUCAAGAACCUGGCUUCGGCGAGGACGGAUAUCUUUGGCGACGAUGUGGAUGAAGCGACGAGGAGGGCGCGUGAAGAGGAAGAAAAGCAGAAGCGACGAGAGAGGGAAAAGAUCGUCUGGGACGGUCAUACAGCUUCCGCCGCUCAGACCACAGAGACCUUCCAAUCUCAGUUCUCGCUCGAGGACCAGAUCAAAAAGAUGCACUCUCGCAUGGGGCUGGACAAUGUGCCUGCAAACUCUCCUGGCCCGCAAAUCGGCCCGGGAAUGUCACAGCACGUCCCCACGCCCAUGGCUGCUGGCUUGCCUACUCCCGGAGGCGGUACAGCGUAUGCCGGUGCCACGAUCUCGGCUGCCCCCACGGGUCCGUCAACGAGAGAGUAUAUUUCCACGCCUUACGAUCCUGCUGCUUUCGGCGGGCAAUCACCGGGUGUGCCACCGAGUAUUCACCCCUCCCGAUUGGCUGCUAUGGGUCCUGGCUCGGGUACGCCUCCUGUUGCUGGUCAAGUUCACCCUCGCGACGACGACGGAGCAUCCGCCCCGGCCUUCAAGCGCCCCAAGAUCCAAAAGCUCCCAUACGGCCAGCUCUACAGUGAAACAGACUGGGCCAACUAUCACCCCGACCCCAUCAAGCUCUCCGUCCAACUUCCCGUCAUGCCAGAGAAGCCCGAAUGGAAGCUCGACGGCUCCAUCAUUGAGGUUCCCGACCUUCCUGUUGGCACUCUCUUCUCGACGGUGAGAGAGAGAAUCAAGAGGGUGAUGGACGCGGAUCUGCCGAUCAGUAGGAUGAGGUUGGAUUGGGGUGGAAAGCCGAUGAGUAAUGGGAGUACCUUGGCAAGUGUUAAUCUGGAUGACGAAGACACCAUUGUGUUGGUCUUGAAGAAGAAGUAG